AUGACUGUAUUAUGUAUACUUAUUCUAAUUAAUAUUCGUCAACAAUCACAUCGAAUUCAACUUAUAUCAGCAAUUGGUAAUGAUGGUUCUCAUUGUCUUUAUCGUCAUUUUAUUCGAAUGCUAUUUUCACAAAUUGUGACACAAGUUCUUUAUAUUCUACCAUUUGCUAUUCUUAAUUUAUUGGCUUUUUUAAUCGAUACAAGUACAGAUUUAUUUAGAUUUAUCAAUCAACUUUUUACUAUAUCAUUAUUUCUUAGUUAUAUAACAAGUUUUUAUAUUUUUACAAUGUCAUCUCAUAUUUAUCGACAAGAAUUAGUUAAAUGCUUAUGGUUUCGAAAAGCAAGAAAAGAUGAAAGAGAAUUUGAUUUAACAACAAUAGUAAAUGGGCAAAAUAUUCAAACAUAA